AUGGUGGCGGCUCUCCGCCUCCUACUCCGCCAGCACGCAGCUCCGCCGCGGCCGCCGAUGCUGCGUUCUCUGUUCCCUGCGCCUUACUCCAAGUACGCCGCCGCCGCAGCCGACACCGCCACCGGCAGCUUCCCGUCCGUGUGCCGGGCGCCCCUGCGCCCUCCCCCUCUGAGGGAGGUUACUCCAAGGAAGGCUCCUCCGAUUCCAAAGGGCGAACCCCGCUGCUGCAAAACUGUUCCAAGUACCAUGAGUGACAGUACAAAGUCGUUGCUGGAUAAACUGAUGGAUCUCAAGGAUAGUAAGAAGUCAUUGCAAGACAUGGAAAGGAAUAUUGAGGAGCAUGAUGCAAUGGUAAGGAAGGGGCUGCAAGACCGUAAGGUUGCUAAUGCUUUGUUCAGAAAACGGCUGGAUGACCUUAGGGAACUUCUUGCCAAAAUACGCAAUAAGAGAGAUUAUUCUGCCAAAAUGGAUGCAAUGUACCGCAGAUUGGAGGAUGGCUAUGACAGAGAUUGGGCCAUUCAGGAAGCUAAGGUUCGUUUGUCCGAUGAACAAUUUGAAGUGCUACUUAAAAAGCGUGAGGACUAUGCUGAUGCUUUGAGGCGGUAUCAUGAAUUGGAAAGAUCCACCAUGGAGCAGGUGGAGAAGGUGAAGAAGGUUGCAAAAGUGGGUGCCGCUGUUGGCCUUGUGGGAGGGCUUCUGCUGAUACUGGCAAAGAUGUAGAUUGGGGAAGCCUGGAGUUUUUGCUGCUUCCUCUUUCGGUGUAGAGCUGAGCUGACAGUUGACUAGGCCAAGCUGGUUUAGAUUAGUAACAUUUGACUGUUUAGUUGAUUAUUCUCUCUGUGCUGUUGUCAUAUUGCAUUCGCGUGGAGGUUUCUGCUGAUGCUGGCAAAGAUCUUGAUUAGAGCACCUUGGAGUUUGCUGCUACUUCUUUCUGUGUAAAACUGAGUUAGCCAGAUGACUAUGCUGAGUUGGUAUUCAGUGUGGCGGAGUAGAAUUUAACGGUUUCCUUGAUAUGAACCUGCUAGGGCUGUAGCUAAGAUAAGUCCAAGUGACGCUCUAUUGAUUAUUGCAGUUAUCUCUAUGUAAUUCUAGGAGAUAACUCACUUUAUGUAUGUUAACACCCUGAAGACUUGAGCUGAAAAAAUGAUGUGUUGCUCUUGGUAUGGGGUUUAUGCCUUUGCUUUAGUUUA